CCCCUGAGACGCUCUUAGGACCUGGAGCUCCUCAAGGGCCUGCCCGCUGCGGCCCAAGGUGAGGGUGCCUCCGUGGGAGGGGUCGGAUCCUGACCCAACACCUCCCAUCUUGGAAGGCCGAGCCCCCAGCCUUGCACAGGCUGGGGAGGGGCCCUGAAAGGCAUUAAAGGCUUCCUGUCUGCCCACUCCGGGCCUCAGGGAUGGAGGGCUGUGCUGGGCGGAGGCGGGAUGGGGCGGUGCCUAUUAGGCACCAGGUACUCUGAGGUUCGCGGGACCAAACUAUGGUGGCGCUUGACUCGAGGCCUCCCUGGCACUUCUGACCAGGACCUUCCCCGGUUCCACCACCACUUCUCCCUCCUGAUUGCCACCCUGACAGAGGGCAACCAGCCCCGCCGGCCUGGCCCAGGGCAUGGCGGCCAUCCGGGAGCACAGCAAAGGGAGGAUCUGGUGGAGGGAACAUGACCUCUGUGUCUGGGGUCCUCCCUUGGAGUUGCACUUUCCACCUCAGUGGGCAUAGGGAGCGGUUGCAGGGAAAUAGUCAACACGUGUAGGCCCAACGGGAAAGGCAGAACUUCCAAAUUUUAGAAGAAAAUUAGGACGAUAUCAUCAUGACCUUGAGGAAAGGGAGCUCUUAAGCAAGACACUAAUUAUUAAGGGGGGGGGGGGCGGGGUGCGCAAUGAAUUCAAGGACAUAAAAGGAGGAACUUGGAAUCCAUCAAGUAUUCCAUAGAAGUGCAGAGACAGGCCACGGAAAAGGGAACUAUUUUUUGGCACGACGUGCAACCAAGAAGAGUUGGUACACGGCAUGUGUGAGUGAGUGCCAAACCCAAACCGGUGAGAAAAGACUGAGGCUCUGCACCGAGGAGGAAUCCAAACCGGCUAACACGUGGAGAAGAGGCGUUCAACUCCAUUAUGCAGGCCAGAGAGUAGGCAGAACCGAGAGACAAACUGUGGUCCAGGCACACGGUGGAAAAACUACAGCCAUGGCAAAGAAUGAACCGCGGCUCCAACACGGAUGAACGUUGCGGGCAUGAUGUUGACCAAAAGCAGCCAGGCUACCAGCGUGCACAGUGACUCGACUCGUGGCGAGUUCAGAAACUAGCGGCAGUCAGCUGUUACUAAGGGACCCAUCCAUGGUGGCAAAACCAUGAAGAGUGGCAGAAGUACACGUGUACGUGAGCCCCCACUGUGCCAGGUCCUGGGCAUCGGCCGUGCAGACCCCACCCAGCCGGCCCCUGAUUGAGUUCCAGUGAAGGUGUGAGCUUCCCCUCGGCCUGGACAGGGAGGGGCCUCCUGGCUGCCAGCAUGUCAAGCCCACUGUGGGUUGUUGCCACAGAGCCUGCCCGCUGGGCAGUGGGGGUGCAGCCCCUGCCCCCCUCACUGCCUCCAUUCUCUCUUGGUCUCCCAAGCAUGUGCUGAGAGGGCUCUGAAGGUGACUCCUCUGUUAUGCUCUGACAUCUCCCUCUGCAGUGGGGAAGAUGCAGCGGCUCAGAGGGGUCCUCCGGUCCCCUUCCCUCUCCACACCAGCACGUGUGGCCUUGACGGGGGGUGGGGGGUGCCCAGCCCUCUCUCCUUUGCCGCCACCCCCACCCAGUCUGGGAAGAUUAUGGUGCAAACAGCUCUCCCUUGACUCCCAGGCUGCCGGGCCUGGACGCAGGCCAGCGCCCUAUGGAUCCUGCGGGCUCAGGGCCAAGAGGCUGGGAUGGGAAGGACGUUUCCCCCAACCUGUUUACCGGGACCCAAGGCCGCUAUCUCCAGUUCCAAUCUGCUGCCUCCCUUUAUCUCCGUGGGGCCAGCCCCUGGUUCCCAGCAGCGGCCUCCCGCCACUCACUUCCUGCCAGUGGCCCAGCGUUACAGGAAUACGCAUGCUGAACUCGGCUAGUGCGUGUGUGUGUGUGUGUGUGUGUGUGCGCUGCGCCCACACCCCAGAGCCUGCACCUGGAGGGGUGCCAGCGAGCCCGGGGUGCCACAAAAGCAGCCCCUCCCCCCCGCAAGCCUGCCCAGUGUCCUCCCAAUGCACAGGGGAGUGGCAAAUAGGCAUCUCCAGAAGGCCAGGGAAGGGGCUGUCUUGGGGGCCUCCCUGGAGAGUCCUCCGUGGACAGACCAAGGCAGGACGAAUGUCUGUUCCUCAGCCAUUCCUGGCCUCCUCUUGCACGGGGACCCAGGGCCCUCCAUGGUCAGAGCUCCUGACACGGCUCCUGGACUCCACGCUUCCCCAGGGAAGGGGUGUUGGGGGGAGUCAAUCUGUGUGUCCCCUUUUGUCUCUCAUUCAGCUGGGAUUACUGUGGGCCAGGGCCAGCUUGGGCAUCCAGGACACUCCAGAGGCCGAGGGCAUCUCGGCCCUUUCCCAUAACUUGCGGGCGAUGGGAAGGGACGAUACUGACACCCCGGAAGGCAGGCCAUCUCCCUGCCCUGCUGGCGCUGGGGCCAGAGGGGCUUCCUGGAAGAAGGGACCUCUCAGCUGAGACCCGAAGACUCAGAAGGCGAUAACCAAGGACACGUGCCGAUGGUUUCCGGGUAGAAAGGACACAGGUGCAAAACCUGGGGGUGAGAGCGAGGCCGGUGCACAGCGCAUUCGGGGAACAGAGGUGUUGCCAUCUGGCUGCCCUGCGGUGAGAGGGAGGGGCUAGGCCCAGAGCCAGGGCUGCGGGGCGGGGCAGACCCGGAGGUGGCCUAGCCUAGGGCUGUGGCCUUGGGGGAGGAGGCAGCUGAUGUGUGGGGUGAGGCAGGUCUGUGUGUGCAGGAGACUAUCCCACGACCUUAGGCCUUGGACCUCCAGGGAUGGCAGCUGGUUAGGGGGCUGGGCUCUCCUCUGAGGGGAAAGACUUAAGGGGGUCUGCUCAGUGACCUGGGGUAGAGGGGAGGGGGUGCUCACGGGCCUUCUGCUUUCUCCUUCCAGCCUGGGGGCUGUGAAGUGUUCCCAGCUUACCAACAGGAUGACUCCGAUAUCAGCCGCAGCCAGGGACACACGCAGGCACACGCGCACGGACACGCGUGUAUACACACGUGCACAGGCACCCCGCACAUUUGUACACGCACAUACACACACCUACACAGACACAUUCACACGUGCGUGUACACACACGUGUGCACCUGCAAACACAUACUCACACGCGUGCGCACGGACACGCUGAUACCUGUAUACGUGUGUGCACACAGAUACACACAGACACACAUGGGCGUAGACAGGCCCCCUAAGACCCAGCCUUGAUCAGAGGGCCUCCCCCCAUGACAGGGUCCCAGAAACCAGGGCCUCUUUGCUCCAGGCCCCCACCCCUCCGGCCCCCUCCACCACCAAGGUGUGGCGGGACUGGAGGGACUGGCCCCGGGACGGGGGCGGAGGGGAGGCUUGGACUGGGUGAUGAGCCCUGUUAGGCCCCAGCUUCCCCCAGGAAGAGGCCGCCCGUCUGGGGACCCAGCUCUUUGCCCCUUACUCUCUGCUCUCCUGAGAGCCACCAUUGAGGCCCCAACCCCUCCCUUCCUGCCCACAGAGGCCUCUGCUCCCCACCCCACUUCCCAGCAGAAGGGCUGGAGCCAGACUCCGAGAUAAGGGGCUUGUUUUCCAAGGGCCCGGAACUCAGUGCAGAUUGUGGGUCAAGGCCAGAGGGGCAGUGGGGUGGGGGAGGGCACGAUGAGCCUUUCCUUUAGACGGGGGUCCUUGCGGCCACUGAUCCCACGGGGACUUGAGAUUUCUGCCCCUUCAGGAUGCCUGCGCUAGGCUUGGGGGGGAGGGGGGGAGCCCCGGGGAAGUUGCCCCGACCUUGACCUUGGAUAUAGCUGCCUCUCCACCCCUGCUCUAUUCUCCCCCCAGGCUGGCCUUCCUUUAAGACCUACCCCAAGCCUCUGCCUCCAGUUCUCCCUUUCUCUGGUUAGCGACCUGCUCUGUCUUCAAAAGUCAGCCCAGUCACUGCUUCCUCCGGGAAGCCCACCCUGAUGCCUCAGCCAAGCCUGCUGCAGCACCCCCCCCCCCACCGUGGUGCUGACAUCCCCCCUCUUCCCAGUGCUCCUCUCUUGGGCAGCAUCCUGUCCCCACCCUGAGGACCCGAGCUCCGAAGGCAGCCUGGCCCUACUCUCCCUCACCCCCAGACCCAAUUUGGAGCAGGCACAUGGCAGACCUCCGAUGAAGGCGUCGGUGUUCUCUUUGAUCAGGGGUGCCCUGACCAGAGCCGUGGGUGCCUCUUCUGGUGAACUUGGGCCCUUCGGGACCAACUUCCUCCCAUGGGGGACACACAUCUGUGGCCGUACUCCAGGAAGGGGAGCAGCCGAGUGGGGCUGGGCACUCAGAGGGAGGCCCGUCCUUCCGUGUGAGGAAGGGUCACGCUGCAGAAGGUCCAGUCUGGGCUGAGUCACCGUGCGCCCCACAGCAGCACCACCAAGCCCCAGGGCCCUGGGCUGUGGCCAGUAACAAUGAUAAUAGCAGCAGCAAGAAGUAAGCACUCACACGUAGCACUUACCCACAGCCAGGCACCAGGGUCAGCACUGAACACAUUUGGUCAGGGACUCCUCAAAGCAGCCCAUUCUGCAGUGGAGGAGACUGAGGCACGGGGAGGCUGAAAGGCUUGUCCAAAGCCGCACAGCUGGCAAGUGAGGACUGAGUCAGUCGGUCCCCGUCACUAUUACCCUGCACUGUACCUCAGUUGGAGAUAGCCCACCCCUCCAGGGCAGGGGGUAUGGAGGAGGGGGCUCCCUGCACACCCCUCUAAUUCUGCCUCCCGUUAUACCCCAUGAAGUGGGGCGCUCAGACCGCUUGUGCCAUCCUCUAUCCCUCUGCCUGGCAUUUAGGCCAUGCCUGACACGCAGGAGGUCCUCAAAAAAAUCCAUAUCGAAAAAAGCAGAUGGCGGGAUGCUGUUUUUUAGGGGCGACGGAAAGUAGUGGUUCAGAACGGGACCCUGGGGACUCCGGGGACAGCCGGCCGGGCCACCUCCGCCACAUGUGACUGUAGGCAUUAGCUGGUGCACGGCUCAGUUUCCCCGUCUGUGACUCCCUCCCCGCCAGGCCCAUCUCGCGCCGUGUCCACCCCGCGAAGCCCGAACUACAACUCCCAGCGUGCCUCGGCACCCUCCUGCCCGAGCCUGCGCAGU